AUGGCCACCUUGAUACCAAUGGACUCCUUCUGGACCGUCCUGGUCUUGUGUACUGCCUUUCUCUCGCUGUGGGUUACGCCAUCUCAAGGUCUCGACAUUUCUUACUGCUCUCCGGACAACAACGCCGGCAGCUACCAAGGCCACUACAACGAAUUUCAAUCUAAUGGAGCUUGUCAACUGCAAUGUCAAGGUUCUUUUGCCUUUGCGGUUCUGCAGGGAUACUACUGCUGGUGCUCCAACUACGUCCCUUCGGAGCAAGAAAGCACGUAUAACUGCAAUCAGCAAUGUCCUGGCUUUAACUCGGAAUGGUGUGGCAACACCGACUCUGAUCUCUAUGGAUAUUACCUUUUGAGUGCCGGAGUCCCCCUAGGAACCUCUGGUUCGACUGCCGUUACACCGUCUACAACCUCUUCCUCUUCCUCAAGUUCAUCUUCGUCGGUUAGUAUUGCCACCUCCACCUCCGCCGUCACUUCCACUCCUGCAUCUGCAUCCGCAUCCACGUCCUCCUUGGAUACUGGGUCCCCCACAUCUUCCCCUACUCCUGGUAACUGGAAAACCUCCCGCUCCUCCUCUUCUGUGGUAACAUAUGGAUCGUCUCAGAGUUCUGAUGUGGCUGGCGUUGUGACUUGGUCAAGCGACAGCUCGAUGAACCCAGUGGACCCCGCUUCUCCCACGACCUCUCCUCCGUCGAUGACGAGUCCAAGCUCGAGCAAUGCAAUGCCCACCGACAUAUACACAAGUGUCACCACUGUAACAGGUGAAGUUCGCACGGUGGUUGUGACGCCAUCCGCAGCUGCGACCUCAGAUGCCACACUCGGUCAGAGUUCUACCCAAGGCAGCGGCGUUAGUACCGGCAAAGUCGUUGGCAUAGUGCUUGGCGUGGCUUUGGGCAUCGGCGGCUUAAUCGGCGGCGCAGUGUACCUCUGGUUUCGCAAACGUCACAAGAAGUUACAGCAGGAGCAUGGACCGGAGACGGCGUACGUUCCUCGAACGGGCGACAGCUCGCCCUCCAACAAUGUUCCAUCACGGCAAGUUAGUCAGUUGUCGUCUUCAGGGUUAUUAGGGACCAAGAUUCCCCGCGUCAACACGUCAGGUUUGACUUUGGCAAACGAUCUGCGCAGUGUCGACACUAGCUCGACGGCUUUCGAUCGUCGUAGCCUGGGCACCGAUCAGAGACUGAACCCAUAUGCAUUGUACAUCCACGAUGAGAGUCGCCUUAGCAAUGUGUCUCUGCAAGACAACCAGGAUUAUUCCAGGCAGUUACGGGUUGCAAACCCUGACCCCUGA